CGAUAGCGCCUGUGCCUUUUUGUUGACACCAGCGGACUAAUCAAUUAAUCUUUGAUUUAAAAACAAAAAUAUAAAUAAAUACAGCAGGACUCAAGCCAUCAAAAUGCUGGGUUCAAGGAGAGCCGCAACUGUAUUAGCUUUUGGAAUGGCGGCGUGUGUUCUGGAGCUUGAAAGAGAGGAAAAAAUAAAACAACGCCGCAAAAAAUAUAGGUCAAGGCCAUAUUUAAAAGAAAGUGGAAAACUUGAACACUUGCUGCAAAGUCCAACGUUGUUUUAUGAGAACUUCCACAUGUCGGAGGUAACUUUUAACGCGCUAUUCGGAUUGGUAGAGAAGACCCUUCUCUCAAAAAGGAGUACUCAACCCGAAACUACAUCUAUCCCGCCAAAAGCCGAGUUGGGGAUCAUCCUGCAAUUUCUUUCAACAGGAGAAUUAAAACGACACUCAGGGUAUACAUACAACCACCUCAACACGCAGGACUUGCAAUUAAUUCUUGAAAGAGUAUGCGAUGCCAUCUGCGAGGGGCUGAAGGACGAAUUCCCAAAGUGGACGACCGAGAACAUGCUCAGGUGGUCAGAGGAAUUUAAGAAAAAAUUCAAGAUUCCAAAUUGCCUUGGAAUCGUGGGAGGAAAACAUGUGGCUAUUAAGAAGCCCACAAACAGUGAUGAACUCUUUCUUAACUACAAGGGUUUCCAUUCGGUUCUCAUUCUGGCCAUCUGCGAUAUCUCCUAUCGGUUUACCUACAUAGACGCCGGCGCCUUUGGCAACGGAGGCGAGCAGUAUGCCUUUACCAAAAGCAAGUUCGGAAACGAUUUACUAUCGGACAAGCUGCCAUUCCCGCAGGAUAGUAUGCUAAAUGGCCACGAAGCUCCCUACUUUAUAGUCGGCAACGACGCGUUCCCCCUCCACAUGCGCCUGAUGAAGCAAUAUUAUGGCAAACACCUUGAUGAGAAGGAGCAGGUUUUUAACGCUAAGCUGGGCGAGACUCUUCGUUGCAUAGAGAACGCGUUUGCCAUUCUGAGCGCCCGGUGGAUGGCUUUCCAACGCACUUUGCCCAACCAACCUUAUGAGGCGCAAAAGAUAAUCGCCACCUGUUGCUACCUCCACAAUUUCCUGAUGCGGGAAAGCCCCAAGACCUACAGUAUAACACCAGAUUCUGAAAUUCCGCCAAAUACAGUGAUGACCGAAUUACGACCCUGCCGACGAGGCCGACCUCACGAUUUCUGCAAGAAACUUCGCAAUAACCUAAGGGAAUAUCUCAACAGCUGUGUUUGAAAUUGGUUUACAUAUUAAGACAUUUAUUUGUUAACACUAAUUUAAAGGCUUUUCCUGACAAUAAAAGCAAUGUUUUAUGAUGGCUUAA